CAUCUCAGAGGAAGAACGUAAACCAGGGAAAAUAUAGUCAAAUACGGAUUUUGUGACUGUUCGCCUCGUGGUGAGCUGUUUUGAUUAUCAUCACACACAAGGUAAACCUUCCGAUGAGUCCGGUUGUAGCGCAGGAUCACUGGUAACCCCGCGUGAGGCACCGCAGGGGGUCCGAGAGAGAGAGAGAGAGAGCGAGAGAGAGAGAGACAGACAGAGAGAGAGAGACGUUCUGCACAUUGGUCGGGCUACUUUUCUGACGACACACCAACAAUCGUCAACCUGUGGAUAGGGCGCGCGCGCGGCGCUCUGUUGUCUCCACUGCCACCCUCUCCCUCUCUUGACACCGAGCCCGACCCUCGGACAUCCUGGACGCAUGAACUCUGGGAGAGGGUGCCGGUUCGAUUCCCGAACAGAAGGACACGAACCGAAAAGUUGAGGGCUCGCGCGCGCUGUAUCCCCCCCCCCCCCCCCCCCCCCCCCCCCCCCCCCGCUUCAUGAAUGGCCGGAACAUGGAGGAGGUGCCAUUCAAAAGAGUCAAGACCCGGCGGAGGAAGGGUCACUGCCCGGCCGGCUCGCCCCUGGGCGCCAUCGCCUGUGAGGACGAGUUCAACAGCCCGGAGCUGGAGGCUCUCUUCCAGAACUACAACCUGAAGCUAGAGCAGACCGCCACGCUCAAGGCGCUCGCGGUGCUCAUCGUGGCCGCGUCGUCGCUGUCCCUGGUGGAGCUGCUGUCCAGCCCGCGGCUCACCCUGUCCAAGGGCUCGUACCCCGUGCACUGCGUGGUCUUCCUGUCGCUCUUCAUCGUCACCAACGUCAAGUACCUGCAGGUGACGCAACUGCAGCAGAUCGCGAAGCUGGCCCUGCUGUUCAGCUUCACCUUCGCGCUGCUCUGCUGCCCGUUCCCGCUGGCGCUCGGCACCGCGGAGCUGCUGAGCGCCGCGGCCCCGGAGCAAGGCGUGUGGCAGCUCAUGCUGGUCACCCUUGUGGCUUACGUGCUGCUGCCGGUGCGGACGCUGCUGGCUGUGCUGUUCGGGGUCAUGCUGGCUACGUCUCACUUCAUUGUCAUCGCGACGUCGUUCACGGGAAGGAAGCAGAGGCUGUGGAGACCGCUGGUGGCCAACGCGGUGCUGUUCACCAGCGUCAACUUGUCGGGGGUGUUUGUGAGGAUUCUCACCGAGCGCACCCAGAGGAAAGUCUUCCUGCAAGCCCGUGACUGCAUCGAGGAGAGGCUGAAACUCGAGGACGAGAAUGAGAAGCAGGAGCGUCUGCUAAUGAGCCUACUGCCCAGGAAUGUUGCCAUGGAGAUGAAGGAGGACUUUCUGAAGCCGCCUGAGCGGAUCUUUCACAAGAUCUACAUCCAGCGUCACGACAAUGUCAGCAUCCUGUUUGCAGACAUUGUGGGUUUCACCAGCUUGGCUUCUCAGUGUACUGCUCAGGAACUGGUCAAACUGCUCAACGAACUCUUCGGGAAGUUUGAUGAGCUGGCUACAGAGAAUCACUGCAGGCGGAUAAAGAUACUGGGAGACUGUUACUACUGUGUGUCAGGACUGACUCAACCCAAGGCAGACCACGCCCACUGCUGUGUGGAGAUGGGACUGGACAUGAUUGACACGAUUGCGUCGGUGGUGGAGGCGACGGAGGUGGAUUUGAACAUGCGUGUUGGCCUGCACACAGGACGGGUGCUGUGUGGCGUGCUGGGCCUUAGGAAGUGGCAGUAUGAUGUGUGGUCAAACGAUGUCACACUGGCUAACAUGAUGGAGGCCGGAGGGCUGCCUGGCAAGGUGCACAUCACCAGGACCACCCUGGAGUGUUUGAACGGAGACUACGAGGUGGAGCCGGGCUUCGGCCACGAGAGACAUGCCUUCCUUCAGAAACAUCACAUAGAGACCUUUUUCAUUGUGCCAUCACACAGACGUAAAAUCUUCCCCGGUCUUAUUCUGUCAGACAUCAAACCAGCCAAGAGGAUGAAGUUCAAGACGGUGUGCUACCUGCUGGUGCAGCUGAUGCACUGUAGGAAGAUGUUCAAGGCCGAGAUCCCCUUCUCCAACGUCAUGAGCUGCGACGAUGACGACAAGCGGAGAGCCCUGCGGACUGCAUCGGAGAAGCUGAGGAGUCGAACGUCCUUUUCCAACACCGCCGUGCAGCACUCGCCAGGAACACGAGUCAACCGCUACAUCGGGCGGCUCAUCGAAGCACGGCAGACCGAGUCCGACACAACAGACCUCAACUACGUCACCCUGUUCUACACGAGCAGAGACAGGGAGCGCCGGUACCACCAGGUGUCUGAUGACCAUUUCAUCGGCGCAGUGGUUGUCUCUCUGAUACUCGCCGCUCUGUUUGGCCUUAUCUAUUUGCUAAUGAUCCCACAGGGGAUGCUGGUGCUGUUGCUGUUGGUGCUGUGUGUGUGUUUCCACGCCGCCUGUGUUAUGUACCUGCAUCUCACCGGCGUUCAGUGCCAACCGGGCUGCCUCACCAUCCAGAUCCGAACCGUGCUGUGUGUCUUCCUCGUUCUGCUCACCUACUCUGUUACUCAGGCCUGUGUGGUGGGAUGUGUCCCUUGGGCGAGAGUUGGGACAAACUCAAGUCUCUCAGCGGACGACGGCCCUGCCGACGCAAACAUCAGCACCGCAGCGGACAGAGCUUGUUCCAACAUGGCGUACGCUUUGCUGUCCUGCGUGGCCGGCACCCUCACUCUUGUCCCCUACCUCCGAGUCUCCUCGCUCCCCAAGAUCCUCCUGCUCCUCCUCCUCUCUGUCACCUACACUGUUGUCAUGGAGACCAGCGGCUAUCGCCAAGCUGUGGGAGGAGGGUUUCUCCACACAGGGGGGUAUGAUCCUGUGUUGGCUGCCUUGCUGUUUUCUGGAGCUUUGGCUCUGCAUUCGAGACAGCUGGACCUGAAGAUGCGACUCGACUAUCUCUGGGCUACUCAGGCGGAGGAGGACAGAUGUGACAUGGAGAAGGUGAAGCUGGACAACAAGAGGAUCCUGUUUAACCUGCUGCCGGCUCAUGUGGCUCAGCACUUCCUCAUGUCGAACCCCAGGAACAUGGACCUGUACUACCAGUCCUACGCUCAGGUCGGAGUGUUGUUCGCCUCCAUCGCCAACUUCAACGACUUUUACAUUGAGUUGGAUGGGAACAACAUGGGCGUUGAGUGUCUCAGGCUGCUCAAUGAGAUCAUCGCCGACUUUGAUGAGCUGAUGGACAAAGAGUGCUACAGGGAUAUUGAGAAAAUCAAGACCAUUGGCAGUACAUACAUGGCUGCAGUAGGGCUGGUUCCUACAACUGCCUCCAAGGCAAAGAAGUCCACGACCUCACAUUUAUGCACAGUGUCAGAUUUUGCCAUUGAUAUGUUUGACGUCCUGGAUGCCAUCAACUACCAGUCUUACAAUGACUUUGUCCUGAGAGUAGGUAUCAACGUGGGACCAGUGGUGGCCGGAGUGAUUGGAGCCAGAAGACCUCAGUAUGACAUCUGGGGAAACACAGUGAACGUAGCCAGCAGGAUGGACAGCACUGGGGUACAAGGAAAGAUCCAGGUGACAGAGGAGGUUCAUCGUCUCCUCGCAGACCACUACAACUUUGUGUGCCGGGGCCAGGUCAGCGUAAAGGGCAAAGGGCAAAUGCUCACAUAUUUCCUGGAAGGGCGCAGGCACGGCAACAGACCGUCUCAAAUCCAGCAGCAGCCUGGCAACGGCGAGCGGCGGUUCAGCACCUUCCCCCAGGGCAGCGUGUGCACCAGGCUGAGCCCCCCCACCGUGACCACCUACGCUACGGCCAGGACCCCGAGCCCGACCAAACCAACCACCUCCUCCAGCACCACCAGGUACCUGCCCUCUGCCCCCACGGCAACGGUGUGAUGGAUACUUUCUUCAUUGGGAUCGUGGUAAACAAAAAAAAUUACACUAGGGGUGGGGGAUAGCACGGAUGGUAACAUGAUAGUAGUAGCAGAGAGAGUGUUUUCAAUGCGGGGAAAAAGUAGAGCCGACCUCCACUCUUCUUCUACUGGAUGUGGGAGACAGCUGAUGCGCUAAUUGUCCAAUGGGAGGCCUGGACUCUGGGCCUGGACUGCGUUUAGGACUAGAGUCUAGAGUCUGAGGAGACCUCGGUCGGACUCUCCCUCCACACUCGAGGCCUGUUUGUUGUUUCACACCGCUGGGGUGCCAUGAACAAGAUGCAGGAUGCUUUCAGCCACGUUGCUCUGUGACCAAUCAAAGGUUCAGGGUGUCUCCGUGAUUUCAGAGUCGACACCCACAACUGUAACAACCUAAAUCAGCAUCAAAAUAACAACAAAGUUCGGCCUAUAAAACCUGCAGAACUGUGGCUGUAAAGACGAAGCAAUACCAUUGAUUUGCAGAGAGACAGGUCCUCACAGUGGUGUAAUUGGUAACAUUGUUUUAUUUAUCGGUCGGUUUACCAGUUGGUCCUGAACUCAAUUGGUUUAAAAGCUACUUGUUUAACAGUAAACAAUAUGUCAUUUGGAAUGGAUAUAUCAGCAUCAAAAUCACUAACAAUUGCACAAUUGAUAGUGUAGCACAAAAGCCAUCCAUAACCCCAUGUGGAAUUUCCUUUCACAACUUUUAGCUGACCCUUUUCCCUCAGUUUGAAGCCAAAUCAGGGCUUUUGCCUUUGCGAACACCCCUCACAAUGAGUUCCUUGCCAUUUUCUUUUGUUGCCUUUUAGAUCCUUUAUUGAUUUAUUGGACACCACUUCAGAUGAAUUAAUGAAUUGCAGGGGCAUGUUUUUAAAGUGGAUGAAGCCAAAUUUUUAAUUGUAAAUGGUAGUAUAAACUUGCCAAAAUACGACAGGGCGUUGCCUUCAAGACAUCUCCUGGACAUGUAUGCCCCUUCACUUUAACACUCCAGCGGCACAUGAGGUGAACUCUUGUUUCCCUGAGCCGCUCAGUGUCUAUAAGUGCAUGAUGCAGUCAUGUGUGCUGUCUAUUUCCCUGUGAUGCUUGACUUUUAGAUUCUUCCUCGUCAAAGUGUAGCAAUAAAGCGGUUUGUCUCCUAUCUCAGCCCCUUGCAUGCUGUAGCCAGCUGGAUCCUAUUUUUGACCUGAUAUUGUAUGUAGCCAAUAGAAUGUGCAUAGCUAGCCGCACAAGUGUGUAUCUCUGUGGAGUUGAAGCAUGAAUUAGAAAAACUUAUUUUCUGUAUUGUGCGAGUGUGAUUCCUUCCUUAAGGAUUUCUAUUUGGAAAAAAGAAACCUUUUUUUUUCUCUCUCUGCGUGCUUGUUUAUUAAAAAAAUAUUUUCUAUUGUUUAAAUAUUCCGUUCUACUAUUUUCAUGAACUCAAAAGCUGCUUGGGUCGAGAGAAGAAAACUGCUGUUUAUGAGGAGACACCCAAACCUCUGUGUCUGGCUUCCUCACACAAAUCCAGAUGAUUUAUUUUAUGGUAUAGCAUGCUACUCACAGUACGGCUUACCACAGCCAUUAACUCUCCUCUAAUCUGUUGGAGCAUGCACUGCCUGCAAGCCUGUGGCUCCUACAUGCAUGCUUUGAUGAAACAUUCAUACAGGCCGAGCAGCGGACGCACAGUGACUCUGUUUAAAUGUAGUCCUCAUGCAUGCGCUAAAGGUAGCGGCCCUCUUGAAUGUAAGGUGCUUUUUUUGACCCGUGUCUUCUUCAUGAGCUUGGUGUGCGAAACCUUCUUUUUUUUUUUCCCGGGACAUUUCUUUAGGACAGUUUGACAUCAGGACGGGGGUGUCACCUCCUCCCCGCUCCUGCUGUAGUCAACAGGUAGCUGGUUUUCAAAUGUGCCGACCUAUUUUCAUAAACAUAUCAAAGUUGUUGGUGUUGAGCCGUAGCACAACUGAAUGCGUAGAUACGGUUAUUGUGGAUUUUCCUUUUGUUGACUGCCUGUAUUUUUACUGUUCUUUAACAGUUUUGUAACUCGAUGAUCAAAUGAUGGCAAGUGUUGAUUUUUUUGAAAAGAUUUGUUUGGACACCAUAAACUGACUGAAAUGAUAAUGUUGUACUUCUUGUCAUCAUAUUUUAAAUAGAUUUAAAGUCUAUAUAAAUCUAUAUAUAGAUAUAGAUAUAUAUCUAUAUCUGUACAUAUAUGGAUAUAGAUACAGAUAGAUACAGUCUAUAUAGUAGCUUGAUGCUUGUAUGCAUACUAUGAGUUUCGAAGAGAUUAAAAAUGAGGAUUUUUAUACACUUGCUUUAACCAGUUAAUCGAAAUUGAUGGAAAAGAAGUUAUGUACAAUAUUUUUGUUCCUGUAAAUUGGAUAUUUUCAUAUUGUAUGAUACGGGUUUCAAUUGUUAUAUGUAGGUAUUACUUGCUAUUAUUGUACAUUGCAGAGUCUUUUUCAGAGAUAUAUUAUGAAUGAAACGAUAUUUGUCAAGUUCUUUUGUUGAAGAUGUAUUUAUCGAGAUGUUUUAUGUGAAUGUAAAUUUUGUUAAAGACGAUAUUUUAUACUAAAUGUUUGCACUGCGAUGAUAUUGGUCGUAUUAUGAUUAUAAAAAAUAAAGCCAGCGGAGAUGCGUCUCCUGGAGUUAAAAGUGA